AUGCUCUCCGACCUCUUGGCGCACACCCAAGCCGCAUUCGCAGCAUACAGCGCGGAGACGCGGUCGCCUGGUUCGCGCAUGUUGAUCAAGCUGUCCAAGGCCAAGAUGCGAAAGGUGCAUAGGCUCAGAAGCGAGUGGGAGCGUGCGCGCGAGACGGAGCGUGCUAUACGGGACGCGAAUGAUGGGCUUGAACAGACAAUUCAGCAGGCAGAGCAGCGGAAAAUCGUGCUCGAGCGCGAAAAGAUCGAGCACAUUGAGCUCAACGCGGAGCUGGAAGAGCUGUAUGUCUCCAUCUUCGGUCAUACACCGUCAUCGUCAUCAUCCCGCUUCUGGCCACGUCAAGCAGAAGCUUCAAGUGCCCACGCGAUCAACCUGCUGACCGCGCGCUUGCUCGCGGCCGAAAUAGGUCGUGAGAAGCGAGCGCGGGAAUUUUUACUCCAGGGAAAGACGCAAGUGGAGAAAUUGGUCAAGGAUUUGCAAGCUGCGCUGCAACACUUCAUUAAUACGGGUGUAGCAACGAAUCAAAAGUAUACCCGUCAACUGUUCAUGGGUAACAGCACGCUCGGCACCGCCAAGGCGGUCACACCGCUGCUGCUAGCGGCCAAGACGUCAAGCGGUAAGCUGCACGAGCAGCACACGCAUGCGCGCGUCAUGCAGCCGCUCAUGCAGGCGCUGCCCGCGCUCAACAUCCUGGAGCUGCACCUGCUUCCGGGCCGCGGGAGUGCCAAGGCGGUCGACGAGAAGGGCCUGCACCGGAGCAUCGAGGCAAGUUAUGCGCAGGCGAGGCAGUGCGCCGCGCAUGUCCGCCGCGAGGGCGAGCUGUCCAGGGCUCGCAGCAAGGAGCUUGAGGAGAGGGAGAGGGAGUUGCUGCGCACAUGCGAGGCGAGUUUGGCUCAUCUGCGCGCUGUGCGCGCGGACAUUGUCGUACGUGUCCUGCACGGCGAGCCGAGCGGCGAGACUGGGAGCGAAGGUGGAGGCAGGAGAGGAGCGGAGAAUGCAGGCGAGCCUCCGCAGCAGGCUUCGCUGGGCGAGCAGGAUAUCGAUCGGGAGGCGCGCGCAGCGCUCCGAGCAAUUGUGUGCAGCGCAGCGCGGCGAACGGCAGACGGGAGCGGCGAUGAUAGGGACGACCUGCCUGAGUAA